UGAUAACUCGGCUGUGACGUAAUUCCCAGUUCCUAGUUCCGACUUCCGAGGUAAAUGGAACGCAGCACAUGUUAGCUGUGUUUUGGGAAAAAAAAUGAAUAAUACAAAUAUCAAAUGAAACUGUAAUACAAAUAUAUAAAAAACUAUUAAGUAGAAAAACGUCAGGUUAUUUAUUUUCUAACAUCGGCAGAGAAGCCGCUGAGGAAAAACAUUGUAGUUUAACUACAUUACCCACAAUGCAAUUCUACAGCAUCAAAUGCGUCAAGUCACAACAAGGAAGUAAAUGCUCGUGCUGCCUGUAUUUCUUGUAGUAAUCUUAUUAGAAAGAAGGCAGUUGAUUUUGUAAAACCACCCACGUAUAGAGAAGAUGAUCUCGUUUCGAGCAACCGAGCCUCAUUAACUCUGGAUCUGUUUGUGUACAUAGUGGUCCAUGUACAAAUUUACAUUGGACAGUUAAAUAGAAGAAAUGCUACACACAGAAGUAACAGAUACUUUUGCCCUGCCAUUCUUUGACAAGCCAGCAUGCCACCUUUGUAAACUUACUCUACAAGCAGCAGGAAUCUUCCUCCAUUCUUCUUCUUUUCUUUUCUCUUUUCUUCAAAAACCUUCUUGUGGCUGUUCUUCAAAGGCAGUUCAGUGUGGAUACUCAGAAUGAGGACGAUCACGUUUUUCCUGAUUGGACUGACAGUCCAUGUGGUUUUCUUCCUGUCCAUCUUUGACAUCUACUUCACAUCACCAUUGGUCCAUGGCAUGACCCCCCAGUCGACGCCACUGGAGUCCCCAGCCUCCAGACUGGUGCUGUUUGUGGCAGACGGCCUCCGAGCAGACAGUCUUUUCACACUACUACCAAAUGGCUCAUCUAGAACUCCAUACCUGAGGACAGUAAUAGAGGGGACUGGUACCUGGGGCGUGUCCCAUACGCGUGUGCCUACUGAGUCUCGGCCUGGUCAUGUUGCUCUGAUCGCAGGCUUCUAUGAAGAUGUCAGUGCUGUCGCUAAAGGCUGGAAGGAGAAUCCUGUUGAAUUUGAUUCAGUCUUUAAUGAGAGCAGAUACACCUGGUGCUGGGGAAGCCCAGACAUUCUGCCAAUGUUUGCCAAAGGUGCUAGUGGGGAUCAUGUGUAUACCCACACAUAUCCAGCAGAGCAGGAGGACUUUGCUUCCACAGAUGCCUCCAGGCUGGAUAGCUGGGUCUUCUCUCAAGUCAAAUCUUUCUUUGGGUCAGCAAAGUCUAACUCCACUCUAAAAGCCCAUCUACUUGAGGAUAAGAACAUCUUAUUCCUGCAUCUGUUGGGAAUAGACACAAACGGUCAUGCUCACAGGCCAAUGUCGCAGGAAUACCUGGACAAUAUUGGUCUGGUAGACAGUGGUGUUGCUGAGCUCGUGUCUGUUGUAGAGGAGUUCUUUGGGCAUGAUGGCAGAACAGCUUAUGUUUUUACCUCUGAUCAUGGCAUGACAAGCUGGGGUUCCCACGGUGCAGGCCAUCCCUCUGAGACACUCACCCCUUUAGUUGUGUGGGGAGCUGGGGUUAAUAAUGCCCAGAGAGUCACAGAACCCCAACCAUAUGAAGAUAGCUACCUACAAGAGUGGAAUUUGGAGCACAUUCGUCGAGUUGACGUCAAUCAGGCAGACAUUGCUCCACUCAUGGCUUCUCUUGUUGGUUUACCCUUUCCUGUUAAUUCUGUGGGUGUGCUACCUCUCCUCUACCUUAACAACACUGACCAGUUCAGGGCAGAGAGCAUGUACACCAAUGCUAUUGAAGUGCUGGAGCAGUUCAAGAUGAAAAUGAGCCAGAAAAAGGAUACAACCUUGUCUUUUCUCUUCACGCCGUACCAACUCCUGACUGAAUCAAAACAAGCGGAAUUUACCCACAAGGCCCGAAUACUGAUUCAACUAGAAAAGUACCAUGACGCUAUUUCGCUGUGCCGGUCGCUGAUAUCCCGUUCCCUGGAAGGCCUGGUUUACUACCACACCUACGACAGGUUCUUUCUGGGCUGCAGUGUGGUGCUGGGGUUCGUAGGCUGGACCUCAUAUGUCAUCUUAGUCAUAUUGAAGACUCACGCCAGCCUCAACAGACACCCGAAUCUCACUAAACAGAUUCCCAGCCCGAGCGUGGCAUGGCUGUGCAUAGGUGUGACAGCGGUGAUCACAGCGUUCCUGCUUAUCCAGAGAAGCCCCAUUACCUACUACAUUUACUGCCUGCUGCCCGUCCCUGUAUGGUACUCUGUUUUUAAAGAGUCUGGAGCUCUAACAGAUUUGAUUCGUUCAGCACCCUCUCUGCCGCUGUUGAAAUGUUUGGGCUAUUUUGUGCUGGUGGCGUUUGGGAUCGAGCUGCUGGUGGUGAGUUUCUUCAACCGCGCCGUGCUGACUGUGGGGCUGACGGUUCUCUCUCUGUGGCCUUUCCUGUCGGGACUUGUUGCUAAAGCCAAGUUCCGGUCAUUGAGCUGGUUUCUGGGAUGUCUGUGUUUGGCUGCCUUCCCCUUGAUGCCGGUUGUGGGUAGAGAGCCAAACUUACAUCUUGUUACCUGUGCAGGUCUGCUCACGCUUUUUACUUCAGCCUGUUACCUCUGGUCGUCAUGGAGAAGGACACCGCUGCACCGUGGAGACCGGCCACAGUUUUUUAUCCAGAUGCUCCUUGCGUGUGUUUGUGCAUUCGUGCCGUCUCUCACACACUCCAGCCUGCAGCAGAAGCAGGGCCUGCCUCUUCUUAAUCAGAUCAUCAGCUGGAGCACAUUAGCAUCUUCUAUCUUUGUUCCUCUGCUGAGCUCGACCCGCCUGUUCCAUCGGCUCCUCAGCAUAUUCUUGUCUCUCACGUCUACGUUCCUACUGCUGAGCACCGGGUCAGAGGCUUUGUUUCCUCCAGUGUUGUCUUGGUUAAUGUUUGUGUGGAUCAACAUUGAGCAGGAAGCCUUGCUCGCUCAAGGUGUCUCUGGCAGGCAAGAGCUGUCAACAAUUGAUUUUUCAGCAAACAUUGACAUCACCAAGAUCCGACAACUGAAGUUGGAUGAUAUCAGAAGAUCGUAUUUUUUUGUAUUUUUUAUAAUAACAGCUUUCUUUGGGACUGGGAACAUAGCUUCCAUUAACAGUUUUGACCCAGCCUCUGUUUAUUGUUUCCUCACCGUUUUCAACCCCUUUAUCAUGGGAGGGCUUAUGAUGUGGAAGGUUAUUAUUCCAUUCAUUAUUGUAAUGUGCACGUUUGAGACCAUCCAAGUUACGACACAGCUAUCAUCCAGAAGUUUGUUCCUCAUCGUCCUGGUUAUCUCUGAUGUGAUGGCUUUGCAUUUUUUCUUCAUGGUUCAGGACUACGGUAGCUGGUUGGACAUUGGAACAAGCAUCAGCCACUAUGUGAUAGUGAUGUCGAUGACAAUCUUCUUAAUGGUGCUCAGUUUGGUCACCCACAUUCUCACCUCAAAAAGACUAAUCCUGUGGAGAACAUCCAAGAUGCACUUUCCCUAAACAAUGUAUAAAUAAUGUACUAGAGCUUUUGUUCCUAUUUUAAAUAUUUUUAAAAUGCGUUUUUUAGGUAAAGAUGCAGGAUUUUGCACAGUGCAGUGUAUUACUUACUGGGACAAUUAUCAUUGCACAUUGUGGUGUUUACUGAUGUCUUUGGUGCAAACAUGCUUAGUCUCAGCUUUUUUCAUUAAUCAUUGAUGAAUUUUAUUAAAGUUUACUUGAAUAAUUCACUGUGAAUAAAGCCUUUGCCAAGACUGUUGAAGGGUGACCUGUUAACCCUUUAAGUGUAACACUGUUCCCUGUAAAUGCAUCCCUGUUUACUGUAGAAACAAACAGCAGAGUUUCGACUUAUUGUAACUAUAUAUUUACCAAAAAAUUAAGGUUUCAAAAGGACAUGUUGUUUAGUUAUCAAUCAUUUUAUCUGAAAUGUAAAUGCAGUUUUCCAACAAUAUUUACAAAACCUCUGACCUUCUAACGUCAAAUCAGACUAUUGCAUCAAUUUUUGAUCAAUUCUAGAUCAUAUAUACAACUUGUGAGAAAAAAAUUAAUAAUUAAUUUGCUGUAACAGCAAAUUUGUGGUUACAGCCUACUGGUUACAGAGGUGGGCUGGGAUCUGGAGGACCCAGGUUCAAGCCCCUGGAUUGCAACUAAAAUUAACCACUUUGGACCCCUGAGCAACACAUGUACAAAUGGCAGCCCACUGCUCCUAGUUUAACUAGAGAUGGUUUAAAUGCAGAGACCCAUUGUGGGACUAAUAAAGUUAUUAUUAUAAAAAGCAUAUUUAAAAGUCUAAAUGAAUACAGGUAUGGAUGCAACGCAGAAAGCUGCUGGAAAUGGCAUGAUAAAUGUAUGUCUUUACAUGUACACCGGUUCUAAUUAAACAAGAGUUGAAGUGCAUGGCUUAAUUUUGACAGGUCAUUCAAUAAUUGACACAUAUGUCAACAUCACAGCUCAUAACACCACAUCCUGAUUUGGGCUACUUCUUCUCUUUUGACGUUAGCACUUUUUUCUAUUGAGUGUACACUCUUCUGUUACAAAGGUGUGACGGGGUAGAACAUACUCUCUGCAGGGUCACUUUCUUGAAAUACAGCAUUUAUAAUGUUUAGAUAUUUUUGUUUUCCUCUUAUAAAGUCAGCCUCUAUAAUUGUAA